AUGGAGUGUAUACCAUAUGCUAAUGAUGUAGGAUCUGUUAUGUAUGCAAUGAUUAGUACUAGGCCUGAUUUGUCAUUUGCCAUAUCCAUGUUAAGUAGAUUUAUGUCCAAUCCAGGGGCUGAACAUUGGACUGCUUUAAAAUGGGUGAUUAAACACAUUAACAGUACACUGUGGGUUGGAUUAGAAUAUGGAAAAAGGGUUACUUCACUUGAUUUGGUUGGUUUUGUAGAUUCUGACUUUGCAGGUGAUAAAGACACAAGGAAAUCCACCACUUCUUAUUACUUUACCCUUGGAGGAAACUGCAUAAGUUGGAAAUCACAACUACAACCCAUUGUGGCUUUCUCAUCGACAGAAGCCGAGUACAUUGCAAUUGCAGAUGUAUUCAAGGAGGCAGUAUGGUUAAAAGGAAUCCUAUCAGAGCCAAAUUUGACAAAUGGAAAGGUGACAAUCUACUCAGACAGCCAGAGUGCGAUCCAUUUGAGCAAAAAUCCGGUUUACCACGAAAGAACCAAGCAUGUGGAUGUACGCUAUCACUUUGUGAGGGACUUGGUGGCUUCAGGUGAGAUUGAUUUGAAGAAGAUUGCUAUUGAAAACAAUCCAGCCGAUAUGGGUACUAAAGUAGUCACAGCAGCCAAAUUCAAGCAUUGCUUGAAUUGUUGUUUGUAA